UUUUAUUUACUCAGAACAGAAAGAAAGAAGAGUAAUAAUAAACGCAAACUUCAUAACAAAACAAAGUGUUUUUAUCAAUCUCUUUAUCGAACGGUGUAAAGCAAAAUUACUAUAAAAAUGAACGGCUAAGAGCUAUAUCUGUUUAGAAAAAUAUCCAUUCAUCGUUUAUAGAUACUGUACACUAGCCUAUUUCAAAAUAAAAUACUAAUAUGACAUAACUUAAUUACGAUGACAGAACAACAAACAAUACUGCCAGAAAUCGAAGUUUUCCGUACUGACCAAUUCUAUAUUUUGCUAAAUAACUUAUCAAGCCUCUGGUGUAACAGGAAAACCGGGGAGUAUCAAGUGAAACCAGGCUGGGAGCUUGCUAACUCUGGAGACCCGGAGUGUCUGGGCAUGUGCUAUGGACUGGUGGGACAGGUAGACCUUCUGUCUGAUACUCACCUGCUGUUAGUCAGGGAAGUAGCUAGAGUAGGCGAGUUGCAAGGCAGAGGCACUAUAUACAAGAUCCGAUCUGUCUCUCUGCUCCAGUUGAGAGGUCACGAGGUGGCAACCUCUGAGCUGAAGCUGAAGCAGUGCCACAAGCACAGUAACUCACACGUAGGCAAUGCUGUAGCAGACAACAUGCAGAGACUAGGACUGUCCAAGACCUGGGGCACUCUCAAGUCUGCUGGGAGUACCAUCAAGAAUACCACACAACAGGCAGCAUCUCUGGCUACCAUGCAGGUGAAAGGUGGUAACCAGAUCAAAGACAAGGAGAAGUACGAGCGCAGGUUAGUGGAGGAACUACACAGGGUGUUCACAGACACGGACUCCUUCUACUUCUGUAUGGACAGAGACGGACGCCCCGCAGACCUCACCAACACAUUGCAGAGGCAUUGCGAGCUGACACUAGCCACACCUAGCUGGCGCAAUGCCGACAAGCGCUACUUCUGGAAUAAGCACAUGCUCAAAGAGAUAUUGUUGCUCAAUGACCCACUGGCUGAGGGCUGGGUGCUGCCCGUUGUCCAAGGGUUCAUGCAGAUUGAGCAGUGUCACGUGGAGGUGGGGUUUGACCUUGACAAAGACACUGUACUUCCUAAAUAUGAGGUGUUCACAUUGUCACUGCUGUCUCGCCGCAGCAGAUACAGAGCUGGGACUCGCUACAAGCGCAGAGGUCUGGACGACACUGACCACUGUGCCAUCUGUGUGUUCACAUUGUCACUGCUGUCUCGCCGCAGCAGAUACAGAGCUGGGACUCGCUACAAGCGCAGAGGUCUGGACGACACUGGCCACUGUGCCAACUACGUAGAGACUGAGCAGAUCAUUGCACAUCGCCAUCACCAAGUAGCCCUCACUCUAGUCAGAGCCUCAGUGCCUGUGUAUUGGUCCCAACCUGGCUACAAGUACCGCCCACCACCUCGGCUGGACAAAGAUGAAGCUGAAACUAGCAUUGCGUUUGAGAGACAUUUUGAAGAGGAGUUAUCUCGCUAUGGACCAAUCUGUGUGGUAAACUUAGUGGAACAAACAGGCAAAGAGAGAGUAAUAUGGGAUGCCUUUACCAAUCAUAUUAUGCAAUACAACCAUCAGGAUAUCACAUACGUCACUUUUGACUUCCAUGAAUAUUGCAAAGGGAUGAGGUUUGAGAAUGUAUCAACCCUUGUCUCCUGUCUGUCAGAUGUGAUCCAUGAGCAAGGCUUUACUUGGAAAGACAAGCAAGGAUUGAUAUGUAGACAGAACGGUGUCUUCAGAGUCAACUGCAUUGAUUGUUUAGAUCGCACCAAUGUUGUUCAGACUGCUCUGGCCAAGGCAGUGCUAGAGUUGCAGCUGACCAAGCUUGGUCUGAUCACACCAGAGGGUAGUCUGCCCCACACACUCAGAGUCUCCUUCCAACUACUGUGGGCCAACAACGGAGACACCAUCAGCAAACAGUAUGCUGGGACCAACGCACUCAAGGGGGACUACACGAGAACAGGGGAGCGAAAGCUUAGCGGAAUGAUGAAGGAUGGAAUGAACUCAGCUAACCGUUACUUACGAGUACACUUGUGUGAUUCUACACGUCAAGCAGUCGUGGACAUAAUGCAAGGUCGACCCCCCUCCCCCCCUGAUCAGCUCAAUACCUUAGCAGAUGAUACAAUAGAUGUCCUCUCGAACUCGUCCAAGUACAUUCCAGAAACCUCUGUAAUUUUGCCAGAAAUCAAUCUAACUUUGGCGCUGUAUAAAGUUUCAAGAUACUACCUAAGCAGGUUCAAGGAUGCAUAUAGACAAGCUACCAUUGAUGUCAUGUUAGGUAACCCUCUGUCAGAAGAUAUGCUGAUGGGAGGCUCUGACUUGGAGGAGGACAACCAAGCCAGUGUUGAACAUGUCAAGAAUCUCAUAGAGGACUGCAAAAAGCUGCUCAUCUCAGACUCCACCCUGGCACUGGGGGCUUGGGGCCUUAUAGACGCAGAUCCUCAGACGGGAGACCCCAGUGAGACUGAGAUGGACACAAUCUUGAUCCUCACCAGAGACUCAUACUAUGUCGCAGAGUACGAUGAUCAGAUUGACAGAGUGACAAAAUAUCACCACGUCCCUCUACCAGAUCUCAACCUGAUAGAACUAGGAGUUGUCGAUUUAUCAUUCUCCGUAGCUCAAUCUACAAUGCAGCUGUUCAAGUCAAAGAAUACAAGAGGCCACUACUGCCUGAGACUUAACUACUCUGUGUCAAAGAAUACAAGAGGCCACUACUGCCUGAGACUUAACUACUCUGUGGCUGGUCAGUCGGGAUACUGCCACACUUUCCGUUCAACUAAUCUGCGCUUCUUUAACAAUGUUGCUGUAUUGAUUAAAACGGAGGAAGAGAUGACUGAGUCACUAAGGGCUGUGGCUGAGACAUUGGCUGUAGGGAUGGAAGUGGCAGGGCUGGCACCAGCUCCUAUCAAGCUGUGUGAAAAGCUGCAGCGCAAAUCCACAUUACAACCAUCUUGGACUCACCACAGUGACUGUCUCUCAGUUCCUACAGGUUCUUUACCUCGUAAUGUGUCAGAAACUCAGCUGAAUAACAUUAAGAGUGCAGGAACAAAAGCAUUGUCAAAUAUGUCUCAACAAUUGAGUAAAUUGAACAAGUUAGGGAUCGGCAGAAAACACUCAGAAAAUAACCAAGCAGCUGUUGCUUCUGGAAUUAAGCAAACUGAGGCUAAAGCCACAUUCACUCUGGGUGUGGAACAGGCCAAAGAGUGUACCGAAGAUGAUGAUGACGACGAUGACGUUGUCGUUGGAAAAGCUGAUGACAAACUUGGACGUCAAAAAUCUACUGAAGCCUUCAUACCCAAUGUAGGCAUUGUCAUGAGUAAUGCAGACAUCAAACCUGUAGAAAUGACCCAGCACGCUCCUAACAUCACUGAAGAAUCUCUCAAACAGAUCGUUCAUAAAGAUGUCAACAUUAAAAAGUAUCCUCUCCAACAUUCUGUGACGGAUAACAACAUCGAUGUGUCCAGAAUAAGUCAAAAGGGGGAACAAGGUACACCCGGUAUAGUUGUUGAGAAAGAGAAAAUAAAAAUGGAACCUCCUAAAGAUUUGCCUCUAGAGAACAAAGAUCAACAGAGAUUGUCCACCAAUGAAGUGUUGGAUAAAUCAAGAAAGCUUUCACAUUCCUCUGGUGAAGUUGAUUCUAACAAUGAUAAAAGAUCAGAUGUUGAUCACUUAGCUGUGGAUGGGGAUCGAGGAAGCUCCCAAAAGGAGCUGUCCUUGGGCAUUUCUGCUUCUCAGAGUGAAAAUGCGAUCAAAUCAAUAAGAGCGACAGCUACAACUGUCCUAACUAGCCCGUCCACAGUUUUAUCCCCUUUUUCAAAAUUAGCCAAAGGGGUUCAAAACUUUGGGGCAAAUCUCGAUCCGAGAAAAGUUGUUGAAAAAGUUGGUAACAAACAAACUGUUACUAUGGAUCAUAUCGUUUCAGAAAAUGUAAAACUCGAAGAAAGGUGGAAAAAGUCCAAGUGUAAAAGUCGACUUAUUGCCGUUUAAGUUAAGUUUUGUAUUCCUUACCUAUGUGAUAUCAAAUUUACAAAUCCAAAGUUAUUUGAUUCUUUUAAGAUACCCAGUGUUACGUAUAUACUUUAUUACCUCGUAAUUUUUACUUUUAAGUGUUAUUUAUAUAUAUAUAUAUAUCUUCUCCUUAAUACAGCUUUCCUUAUGAAUGUAUGGGAACACAUUAUUAUGUGUUUGUUAUGUCUUUCGUUAGUUUUAAGAUAGUGUUGCGUAUAUUUAACAAAAAAUCUUUUACCUAAUGAUUUAUAUGUAUCUUCCUGAAACAUUGUUCAAUAUCAUGGUAUUUUAUCUAUUGUUACACAUUAAAUCCACUUUUGGAUAUUUAUAAGUAUUAUACAUUAAGUAUUUUAUCAUCAUUAGAUAAGAGAAAAAAAACUUAAUUGAAUACCUAACAACUACAUGAGUGAUUAAGCUGUACCGAUCUUGUUAAUCAGCAGUUUCGUUAGCAAAUAGUCAGAAUCUCUAAAGAACACAUCAUUGUUCUGUAAAAACUCAUUUUGAUGUUGUUCAUGCCAAAUCAAUAGGUAUUUUUUUUUUUUUUUUUUACCGAAAACCCAUUGGGUCUUAAUAUUGUAUAUAUACCAUACCUCUUGUAGAAACAAAACUCUAAAAAUGAUAUCCUUAUCGCUGAGAGCGUUGUUUAUGAUAUGUAAAAUGAUGACUGAAAUAUAUAAAUAAAACUUGUUAGUUGCUAUCACGCUUACCAUGGUACAUCGAAAAAUAUAUGCAAGUGGUCGUAUUGUCAAUGCUAUAUGUGUCUCAUCAGGGUCACCACUCACCAGUAUUCUGGUUUGCUGUAUGAUUAAAUUGAAUAUAAACAAUAAUUAUUUUGUCUCAAGAACAUUUCCAAGUAAAAUUUACUUAGUCAUUAGGGAAAUGAAUACAGUAUCUUCUUUCAAUAACUUAGGCCACUGAGUUUUUUGGCAAGACAUUAAGCUCAAGUAGAGUAUUGCAUGUAGUACUCGACAUACGGUACGGUAGCUACUUCUUCACUUGGCACCUCUAGACAAACGUUUGGUUAACUUUAGAAGUGCCUUCUCUUUAUUUUGCUACUGGUCCAUGAAACAAAAUAAUAGAUAAUAAAAGUUAAGUAGGAACAAUAAUUGUGAGCACUGCAGUCAAAUAAAAUAUGAGCUUCAAAAUCAUUGAUAAAUAUUUAUUUAACAAUGUAUUUUUAAUAACUAAGCACCUAUAAAAACUGUAUUUUUAGGAAUUUAAUGGUUUUGAUUAAAUUCUUAAUUGAACAGGACUCAAAAUAAAAAUGAUUGUGUUUUCUUUGAUUUAAGUUACUUUUAAACCUAAGAACAAUAAAAGUGUAUGUAAACCUUGAUGUAAUGCUUACAUUUUAUUUAUAACUAUGAAACAUAUCGACAGAUUUUAUAUGACAUAGUAUCUUUUUGUAAAUAUAUGUAUGUGAAGACAAAGAGUAAAUGAUACAUCAACAUUAUGUUGUUAAUGCUCAUCUUACAAAAAAAGGUAAGACGCUUGAUCUAGAACUGUGCCUGAAUCUUGUUUUUAGGUAGAAAACCCACCAAUACUUAAACAUGUUGCUUUGCCUCUGUUGUGUGUGGCACAGUGUAUGAAUGAAUAUAAACUGUGUUUAGUACAGAGCAUAUUGCAUAGGGUAGUAUGUUUGUUAGCCUAUCGCUUUGUGAGUUUUCAAUUACGAACAAAAGCACACCUGUGUCCUGUGAUGUGAAUCCUUUAUUUUCAUGAACACUGAUUGAUUCUCAUGAGUUUAUGGUUUAUUGAAGUGUUAAGCUGCUCGCGCACUACGGCGGCACGGCACGGACAGGCGGCCGGCACGGCAAUUUUUAAAAGUUAAUAACAUUGAACGUAAUAUGAGUGCGCCCACUACGGCGGGACGGCCGGCAACGGACGUUCGGCAGCUUCCGCCGUUUGUUAAAAAGUCCGGGAGACAGAACUCUAGGACAUUUCCGAGCUGCCGUACCGCCCGUACCGACCGGGAGCACUGCACACCGACCGGUCAGGCGGCACGGGACUUCUGCCAUUCUCAACUGGUCUCUGUCAAAGUCGCAAUGUUUUCGUGUGUUGUAAACAUAGAUGUUAGUAAGUUGAUUGUUCUGGUUGAGAAAUAUCCGAAACUGUACGACAUGCGACAUCCGGAAUAUUUUAAUUACGCUCGGCGUGAAAAUAUAUAGGCAGAAAUAUGAUCUAUUAUGAAACAAUCAGGUAGGUUUUUUUGGUGUUACACAAUAUUCUCUACAAGAUCAGGAAACGAGGUGUGGAACUCUCCAAAACUCAGUCUUUUCAUUUGUAUGUGGUUCAUCCAAAACCUUUGCUUCCGCCUUCUUGUCUCCUCUUCCUCUGCUAAAAUUAAACCUCCUAUCACCACUUUAUCUACAUCCAUCUUUACUCAUAAGUUUUAGCUUGCAGACUGUCAACUGUCCUAAAUUGCGGAUGUCCCGUCCCGUCCGUCCGUGCCGUGCCGCCCUAGUGCGCACACCCCAUCUUAAAAAAGCCGUCCGUGCCGAACCGCCCGUCUGUGCCGUGCCGCCGUAGUGCGCGCGUAGCUUUAAGUUUCGUUUCAAACUAGCCAUGAAUCAGAAAUCUCAAUUUCAUAAAUUAAUUACUGAGUAUAGAGGGUCUUUUUUACCUUUUAAACAGUAAGAUAGUAAAUGUUUGAUUCUAACACUAUUGCCUUAGGUUUCUUAUAUAUUUGGUUCUUGUUCUUAUAUAUUACAGGUUUCAAUAUUUUUUAUUUAUUUGUAAUUCGUCUACUCAAAUGCAUCAAUAUUAAAUUAUAUCUUUAAUACCCCCGAAAUAGAGGAAAUCCUUUGUUACCUCCUUUGAUGCAUAGAAGCUUCGGUCCACCAGCUUAUGUUUAUUUUACAUACAAGCAUUAUAUUAAACUAAACGAGUAAUGUCCAGUGGUCGAAACUCGACCAAAAAUAUGUAAUGUACUCACUUAUACCUAUAUGUUCCUACACUCACUUAUGUUAAUGUUUCACCCCACACUGUAAAUAAAACAUGUGAUUGGAGUUUCUUCCAUUUGUUUUGAUUUUCUGUUUAUAUUUCGUUGUUAUUUCGUCACCAGCAUGGCAACGCAUAAGAUCCAUGUAAAUUUUUUCAAAUUUUUAAACUCAUUUUUUGCGCUUAUCUUUGAGCCUAUUUAAAUUUAUAAAGGGAUUCUGCACACCUACAGGAAAAUAGCUUUCUAACGGUAUGCGUAGAUUUUCCCUACGAUGCACACGAGCUGAGAAAAAAGGUUUUAAAGAAACAUGCUUGCCUAUUAAUAUAUAGAUAGAUACCUAAAUCUGAGAGAGGCACAAGGAUGGUAAAAUCACAAUAAUAGGAUUUGAAUAAUUAAGCAAAGUAAUUUGUUAUGUGUAAAACAUGUACAAGACUUUAUCACUUUAUCUGAAAUUGGAACUCAUUCAUGUUUUCAUGUAACAGAGUUUUUGACACACUAACUUACUCUGUUUAAACAAACUUUCCACGCAAGGAUUUAGUCCGGAAAACAGCUGUUUGCAGGCUGCUUAAUCAAAAGGGGUUCAUUACUUACUACUGUACUGUAAUGAGUUUUUACUGGACACCAGCUGAUUAUAAUUGGCAGUGAGUGGUUAUAAACAAAAACAUAUGUAAGGAGUUUAUGAGUAAUGAUUGUUAGUCCUUUAGUCAGUGGGAAUAUAUAACGGAUUUGUACAUUUUUUUAAUAGGUUAGCUUAGAGUAUUGUGGCGAAAAACAUUGUACUUAACUCGUCCAAAAUGUGUUUACUGGACUCGUAUAGAAUCCUACACUCAACUUCGUCUCGCGCAGGAACGACAACACUCGCCCGGUAAAACACCUUUAGAACUAGUAAUGUAAUGUAUACUAUUUCAUCACACCGUAAAGAAAGUAGCUAUUUCCGAUAACAGCCGAUAUCUAAGAAGGCAAUUUGAUUCCCAAGCUCUAAUUUAGAGCAAGGGAAAAGCAAUCGGCUGAUUUUCAUUUGCUCUAAAUUUACAUUACCUUGCUCUCAAUCAAUUCUCCAUUUGCCCACUUGUUACAUAUUAAAUAAAAGUUGUGUUAAGUAAAAUAAGUGUAUUAUGAAAUUAAACUUAAAUAACAAUGCAUGCAAACAAAAACUUAGUGAACUUAUUAAACAUAACAUAUAGUAUUAAUCAAACAUAUAGAACAUAUUAGAAGACACAUCACCACUACACAUGCUAUUGUUGGUUUACAAUUCAUUUCUAUUAUUGAAAUCAGCUGUUUUUAUUGUUGAAUACAUGACCUUAAAUAUGCAUACACUAAUUUUGCUAUGUUUAAGCUUGUAGUCAAACUUCUAAUUUUCUAGUUGUUAAGUAGGUUUGCUAGAACCUUUUAGUUUUUUUUUUUUUUAAUAAAAUAAUCAGAAUUAGAAAAUUUAAUAGUUUAAAUUUUAUUGAGGUCUGUUAUUUUGUGUGUGAGCAUUUUGCGUUGUGAUGAAAAGUUCAUAACUUGUACCAAAAGUGAUUUUCUGACACUUGCUCCAAUUAUUCUCGUUCUUGGCAUAGCCUCGUACAUGAAAAUAACUCUCACAUGCAAGGCGGUGUUUUUGUGUGAGGCAAAGCCAAAAUUGCCAUGAAAUUGCAUUAUAAAAUGCCACUUGAGGUACUAGUUAUGAAAUAUACUAUUCUAAAUGUUUUUACCUUAUUCUACAAGUUUAAUCACAAUUACUUCUAUUCAGAGCUAUCCAGAAGGAGAAAGUAUGAUGUACCAUUAGUAUACAACCUUGUGUUCAAGUUGUUAGUUGCUAGAGAUGAGUAAUAGCUAAGUGUACUUAAACCAGUUUGUGUUGACUGGUGCUUAGACUUAGCUUGUGGUUGUGACUUGAUUCAACAUGCCUUUGCUGUAAAAUGUAGAGCUAGAGAUUGAUAUGGCAGGUUUAGUUAAGUAAUUAUUAAAAUUUGUAUUUGAAUCUCACAGUUACCUACUGUUUUUUAUGAAGUUAGUGUUUAUAAUUUUUUUACUAUAAAUGAGUUCUAUCUAUUACUAGGCGGAAGUGUCUCUAGGGUCGAGAAUGACUUUUGGCUCCAGUGAUAACCACAUUUUUCCCAUACUGCACCAACCUACGUUGUGCAUUGUUUCCCUUUAUUUCUUAUCUCCUAAUAUGGUUUCAAUCUUGUUUAGCUAAUAUGAAUGAAUCAGACCAUUUACAAUUUCUUAAGUCUGCCAUUCUUUGGGACAAAGUGAAUGUGUUGCACAAGCCAACUUGUAGUCAUUUUUUGCAUUUACAAUAAUCAGAAACAUUGUUCUUUUCGCUAACCUUAAACAAUUUAUUUUAAAAUAAGUUGUGGGAUUAUUGUAAGUGCACAAACCUCAAACAUUUCUUUAGUUUUUCUUUUAUUUCUGUUUUCAGUCAAAAUUAUAUUGGACUUCUGCUCAUAGUAUGCCUUGUUUUAUCAGCAAAUAACAGAAGUGUGAGUACUGUGACAAGGCUGUACAAUGUACAUUAACAAAACCGAAUUGCCUAUUUUACAUUUUCAAUUUUUUUAUGGAAUAUUUUUGCUGUGUUAAAUAAAAUAGUUCAUAGAUGUAUAUUGGGUUCUUGUUUUACGAGCUUGCUUAUGCCUUUUAUUCAUAAAACCUGAAUGACACAUGUAGCCACUCUUCCUCCUUAAAUAACUUCUUGAUCAGCAUUGUACGUGUUAUUAAAUUUACGGAAAUUAAAUAAAGAUACGUCUUAUAACACUUAAAACAUAUAUUUACGCUUAUACUGUU